AUGCAUUUUAUCACUGAAGUUGCCCUGGUUCUUUCCCUGGCCUCCGUUCCUCUAAACUGAAAGGAAGCUGUGCCUUCGCCCUAGUGCUUCCAUUUAUAAUUUCUGCCACUGUCCCCCAGAUCUUUGUCCGUACCACUUUAAGCAGAAAGUUCCGCCCCCAGACCCACAGAAGGCCGCCCCUCCCGCGGGUAGCCCGGUGGGGCGGAGUCUCUGCGGGAAGCGCUGCGCUCGGGCACGUGACUUCCUUCCCCAGGAGCCUGCGCUGCCGGCCUCCCAGCAACCGGCGCGUCCCGCCUAACGACGCCCGCGCAUCCCCGUUGGCGGUCGGGGGCGGUCGGUAGCAAGCGGGUGCCCACGGUCCCACUGCUCAUUGGCUCGCGCUGUCGUCGCUCAGGCGCGUUUCCCAGCGCCCGCGGGCGGUGCUGCCGGAAGCCCCUCCUCCUGGCCGCCGGGUUCCUGGCUGGGUGGCGGCGGCUGUCACUCCGGGCCGUUUCCCCUCGGUCGGCGCUCUGCUGGGGGCGGGGGAAAGAGGGGCCGGGACUGGGGCUCGAGGAGGUGUCGCCGUCUUCACGGCUGCUAUGACCGGCGGGCGCUGGGCCCUGCACAGCUCCGCGCAGCGCUAGUCGCGGCCGAGCGCCCCUCCGGAAGCCGUCAGGGUCCCCAGCGCGGCCGGACCUGCGGCCCCUCGGCGCUCCGGGCGCCGCCUGCGAGGCGAAGCGAGGCGAGGCAGGAGAUGAAGAUGACGGUGGAUUUCGAGGAGUGUCUGAAGGACUCGCCCCGCUUCAGGGCUGCUUUGGAAGAAGUAGAAGGAGAUGUAGCAGAAUUGGAACUAAAACUUGAUAAGCUUGUGAAGCUUUGUAUUGUGAUGAUUGAUACUGGAAAAGCCUUUUGUGUUGCAAAUAAACAGUUCAUGAAUGGGAUCCGUGACCUAGCACAGUAUUCUAGUAAUGAUGCCGUAGUCGAGACAAGUUUAACCAAGUUUUCUGACAGCCUCCAAGAAAUGAUAAAUUUUCACACAAUCCUGUUUGACCAAACUCAGAGAUCAAUUAAGGCACAGCUUCAGAACUUUGUUAAAGAAGAUCUUAGAAAAUUCAAAGAUGCCAAGAAGCAAUUUGAAAAAGUCAGUGAAGAAAAAGAAAAUGCAUUAGUAAAAAAUGCCCAAGUUCAAAGAAACAAACAGCACGAAGUUGAAGAAGCCACAAACAUUCUGACAGCAACAAGAAAAUGUUUUCGACACAUAGCCCUUGACUAUGUACUUCAGAUUAAUGUUCUUCAAUCAAAAAGGAGAUCAGAAAUCCUAAAAUCAAUGUUAUCCUUUAUGUAUGCCCAUUUGGCCUUCUUUCAUCAAGGAUAUGAUCUAUUUAGUGAGCUUGGGCCUUACAUGAAAGAUCUUGGAGCACAGUUGGAUAGACUGGUUGUGGAUGCAGCAAAGGAGAAAAGGGAGAUGGAACAAAAACAUUCCACCAUUCAACAAAAGGAUUUCUCCAGUGAUGAUUCUAAGUUAGAAUACAAUGUAGACGCUGCAAAUGGCAUCGUCAUGGAAGGAUAUCUGUUCAAACGUGCCAGUAAUGCCUUCAAAACAUGGAACAGGAAAAAGCCCGAUCAUAUCAGACGCUGGUUUUCAAUACAGAACAAUCAGCUGGUUUACCAGAAAAAGUUUAAGGAUAACCCCACAGUUGUAGUUGAAGAUCUUAGGCUCUGCACAGUGAAGCACUGUGAAGACAUAGAAAGACGAUUCUGCUUUGAGGUGGUCUCUCCCACGAAAAGCUGUAUGCUCCAGGCAGAUUCCGAAAAGCUUCGGCAGGCGUGGAUUAAGGCUGUUCAGACCAGUAUUGCAACUGCUUACAGAGAGAAGGGUGACGAAUCAGAGAAGCUGGAUAAGAAAUCCUCUCCAUCAACAGGAAGCCUAGAUUCUGGAAGUGAGUCAAAAGAGAAAUUAUUGAAGGGAGAAAGUGCACUGCAGCGGGUCCAGUGCAUCCCUGGCAAUGCCAGCUGCUGUGACUGUGGCCAGGCAGAUCCACGGUGGGCCAGCAUCAACUUGGGCAUCACCUUGUGUAUUGAGUGCUCUGGGAUUCACCGGAGUCUUGGGGUUCAUUUUUCAAAAGUACGAUCUUUAACUUUAGACACCUGGGAGCCUGAACUUUUAAAGCUUAUGUGUGAGUUGGGGAAUGAUGUUAUAAAUCGUGUUUAUGAAGCUAAAGUAGAAAAAAUGGGAAUAAAGAAACCACAACCAGGACAAAGACAGGAGAAAGAGGCAUAUAUCAAAGCAAAGUAUGUGGAGAGAAAAUUUGUGGAUAAACAAAUAUCUAUAGCAUCAUCACCUCCUGAGCAGGAAAAAAAGAUUGUCUCCAGAGGCUGCGAAGAAAAGAGGCUGAGCAUUUCUAAACUUGGGCCGGGGGAUGCAGUCAGAGCAUCCAUCCACAGCUCAGUCAAAAGUAAUGACAGUGGGAUCCAGCAAAGCUCUGAUGAUGGAAGAGAUUCUCUACCAUCCACGGUGUCAGCCAGUAGUUUAUAUGAGCCUGAAGGAGAAAGACAAGAUUCUUCUGUGUAUCUCGACUCUAAGCAUCUUAAUCCAGGACUUCAGCUUUACAGAGCUUCAUAUGAGAAAAAUCUUCCGAAAAUGGCUGAGGCUUUGGCUCAUGGUGCAGAUGUGAACUGGGCUAAUUCAGAGGAAAGCAAAGCAACGCCACUUAUUCAGGCUGUAUUAGGGGGCUCGUUGGUGACAUGUGAGUUCCUUCUACAGAAUGGUGCUAAUGUGAACCAAAGAGACGUCCAAGGGCGGGGACCACUGCACCAUGCCACCGUCUUGGGACACACAGGGCAGGUAUGUUUAUUCCUAAAGCGAGGUGCCAAUCAACAUGCCACUGAUGAAGAAGGGAAAGACCCUUUGAGCAUCGCUGUGGAAGCAGCCAAUGCUGACAUUGUAACCUUGUUACGUUUAGCAAGAAUGAAUGAAGAAAUGCGGGAAUCAGAAGGACUUUAUGGACAGCCAGGUGAUGAAACGUAUCAGGACAUUUUCCGUGAUUUUUCACAAAUGGCGUCAAAUAAUCCAGAGAAACUAAAUCGUUUCCAGCAAGAUUCACAAAAAUUCUGAAUUUUUAAGGAAGGGGCACUAUAUGAAAUCUGUUGGCUUCCUAAUGUGUGCAGCUGAAAACUCACAACUUUCACUGUUAUAAUUCUACUUACUUAAUUUUGGUAGAUAUGAAUGGUUUGGGGGAAAAGUACCCACUCAUGGAUAUUUUUAUAAAUUGAAACAUAGACCUCUCAUAGUUGGAAUAAGAAUCUACUUUAGUAGCUCCUUAACUGAAAGGAAAAAAAGCCUGUUUAAAGGCUAUUUUUUUAAUAGCUAAAUGUUGAAUCUAGAUUAGGACCACCUCUAGGUUACAAGAUGCUAAGAGGUUAGGGAAAACACCUCUUUUUCUUGCCAACGAAUGUAGCAUUGAUAAUUUUUUUUCUGUGCAUCAUGGCCAGGAUCAUUGAAAAAUGUCUAUGUCAAGUGGGAGCCAGUUAUCCUGUCUCAAGAGCAUGUCUUUCUUUAGCUUCCCUGAGAAUUUUGGGUGGGUCAGAAGUAGGAGUAUUUUUUUUUUCUUGGUAGCCUAGCUAUCAUACAUACUACACGAUUUAAUUACUAGGGCUAGAGAAUAUGCUUUCCCCCACUUGCUCACGAAUACCGUUAUAUUCCUUAGAGGUAGGUUACUAGAGUAUUGACCAGCACUCAGCAGACUUGGAGUGGCUAUACAAGUAGACAGUAGUUCAGUCCUUCAGAUUUAUUCUAUCUUAUGAAGAAAAGAAGCUCUUAAUUUUUUAAAAACCACCAGAAGGAUUCCAGUUCAAAACUUGUAGUUCUUCAUUGUUGGGUUUAUUUCCUAAAACCUUGACAAAUUAUCAGUGUAAUAAAACUGUUUCAAAGAUUACUUUUGAAUGUUGGAAAAUUAUACUUCAACCAAAAUGUAAGUUCCAAAACAAAAGUUGAUUUGUUAAAUUUUGUAGGGCUUUUUUAUAUUGGCGAUUUGUUAUUUUUAAGAUACAGUUUUCCUGUUGCUCCUGGUGAAAGAAAAGUCUCUUUGCAUAAUGAAGAAGAAAGCUUGUUUUUCUUACUAUAUUAAAGCAUACAGCAGUAAAUUCCUUUUGCUUUUUUCUGCAUCCAUCCUUUGUGGUAUACACAGUGUACAUUCUUUUAAAUUAUAUCAUGAGUAUAGUUUCGGAAUUUGGUGAUGUGAAUCACAGACCCUUGAGUUCCAAGAUAAUAUGAAUGUACUUGUUUACCAUUUAUAUAUUACAAAUUAGUCUGAUUACAUUUUUGACAUGUCUUAUCAAGAAUAUAGAAUAAUUAAGUAAUUUGUCUUGUGGUUCCUUUUCAGUGUUGUGAACAAUUGAGUUUAGUCUUUUAGAAAUUAUGUUGGUAAUGUUAUUAGUACUCAGUUUCUAAAGAAAAAGUUUUAAACUUCUAAAAGAGAUACUGUAUUUAAUUAAGUAAUAAAUUUUUGUAACAUUUGUUCCCUGGUAAGUAGAAUCUUUUAAGUUGAUUAAACAUCCAGUCAGAAUCUAAGCAGAAAUUAUAUUGAAAUGUAUUCAUAUCAUAGAAAAGUUUCCAUAAUUUGGUUAAACUGCAAGCAUGUAAUGCUUAUUUGGUAAUGGUCACUAUACAUUAGAUAAGGAUAAAAAUGUAGUAAGUUAUUUCUGAGGAAAUACUUACCUCCAAAGCAUUAUAUUUUAUUACAACAUAACAGAAGCAUUAAAAUUUUCCUGUUUUUACUGAGUCACAGGUCAUCUGGCUUUGUAGGUACUUUGUUGAAAGGCAAAAGUCUGACUUAAAACAUUUUCAUUAGAUUCUACUUUGAAAUUAAUUGCCCUUUAGAUCUCAAGGAAGACAAAUGUAUUAAACAAAAAGGAAGGCAGAGAAAAGAAAGCCUCACUUUUCUUUUAUACAUAGUGUCUGCUCUUGUUUUAAUUGUAGAUGUCACUCCUGAAGCUCCUGACCUUUGUCAGGUUUCCUUUUGGACCUGGCCCCUGGUUUUUGAGACCACCUCUGGGACCUCUGUGGUGAUGAGGGAAAGUCCUUGUGACAUCCUUACCUCCUUGGUUUGAGUCAUGAGUUGUUAAUGUGGCAGUAGUGUCUACUUAUAUUUAAAGGUCAGAGAUGUACUUGAAGUGCCCUACAGGUGGUCAUGGUUUUGAGUUGAAUAUCUCCAGAGAAAGCCAUAUCUUUAAUGUUGCAGGGAGACUGCAAUACAAAAAUACAUAACUGUGGCUUUAUUUAAUGAAUGUACUUGAGAUCCUGUCUGGAUUAAAUUUGGCAGAAAUGAUAGAGUAAACCAUAAGAGUUUAAAUUAAAUUAAUAGUCACAAGGUAGGUUGGCUCUUAGGUGAAUGUCACUGUGUCAGCUAAUAGCUUCUGUAUAGUAUAUAACAAAUUUGAGUUUUGUUACUCCGUGAAUUAUUCAGUGCAUUAUGAGAAAUUAUAGUAUAAACCAUGUUAAUCUUACUCUUGGGCGUCUUAGUCUGUGUGAUUGCCCUUUAUUUUCUUCCCAUAACUGAUAUGAUGAUAUUAGUUUCUGAUUCUUUAUCAUUAUUCUGUUAGCUCAUUAUCUUUAGUCCAGUAACUUGAAAAUUGGAUUAAUAUCAAAAUAAGAAUAGUAGCACUAUGAAGAGUUCAUAAAAUGCAGUUUCAUUUUAGAAUUAGACUAAAGGUAAUUGAGCAGUUAUAUUGCCAUGCUUCAUUGUAACAUUUGCAUGUGUUAGACUUCUGCAUUAUCUUUAGUACAAUCCUUGGAAAUUCAGAAAUUUCCACGGACUUAACUGUAUUACAGUGUGCCUCGUUUAUACUGGUUUUCACAGUAGAUUUUCAUGAACUUUGAAAUUUACCUUCCCAAAUAUACAGACUUAAUUUGUAACAUAUAUUUUAGGUUUUUAUAAGUGCAUUUUAGGAAAAAAUGUAGACUUUUGCAAAUAGUCUGGAAAAUUUUAAGUUUGUGGCAAUGUUAGCAGUAUUUUAAAAAUGUAAUUUCAUGUACGUUAAGUAUGGUCACAAUAAACCGAAUUGUGCUUAAGACUAAAUAUACUACCCAUUUUGAAUAACCGACAUUCCUAGAUCACACAUUGUCAAGUUAAAUCUUCUGUAUCAUAGCACUUUUGACAUGAGCUGGAAAAAUGGUAUAUUUUUCUAGAAAUCAUGUCCAGAAUGACUUAACUAUGUGAUAUAGUAGAAAGGGUGCUGGAGUAGUAGUCACUACCCUUUUUGAUUCAGGGCUUCUCACAAAUGAAAUAAGUGGAUGAAACAAGAUGAAAAUAUAAAAACAUCUGUUAGUGUGUGUUUUGCUAUUUACAAUGUACUUGGACAUCAGUUUAUCUCACCUGAUUCUUACUGUAGGGCUUCUGAGAUCUUAAUCUAAGAGCUUCAACUUCGCUUUUUGAUCCUAGUGUGCUCCCCUUGUUUUACACAGGUGGUCCCCUCAGUUGGUGGCAGAACUGGCACCGUAACCCAGGUCUGACUGACUACAAGUCAGAGGCACUUUACUUGUAUCAUGAAAUGUUUAGAGAUAAUUGUAAAGCAGCAAGCUCUGAUAAUGACCGCCAGCUUUCCUUGUGUUUCAUAACAAAGAUGCCAGAUACUGUGGAGGACCUUGAUGCAGAGUUUGAAGGGAUAGAUUGGGAUUUGGAGACAUCAAAUUGUAGGAAAAUUUACAUGUUUAUAACAGCAAACAUCAAUGAAAGCAAAACAUUAUAAAGAUAAUUUUAAUUCAGCACUUAAUAAUUUCUUGAUGCUUUCAAGUGAAAGAGGUAAAGGAUACUUGGAUUUAGUUUUGUUGAAUCCUGACAUGUAUAACGAAGGUUUUAUGGACACCAUUUUCUGUUUAGAUAAAUUUAUCUACUUAAAAUUGGAUAACCUGGGGACAAAGCAAGGUUUGAUUAAAUGCAACUUUCUCUACCUUGAUCUUCUGGAUUUUACUUUUUCUCACUCUCCCCUAAAUCCCUAUUUUGGGUGUUAAUCAUAAACAGGGAAAGCUUGCUACAUUAUAAAGAUUGUUGGCAUCAUUUAUUUUACACAAAAGCUAAAGGUUAACUUUUGGAAAUGAUGAGCUACUUUUCUGUAUGUGUUUACUUGUGCUUUGUGAUAUUUCUGGAUCAUUCCAGUCAUAAAGACUUAUUACAUGUAAUAUUUCUUGCUACCUGUGAAAAGUAUAUUUUAAAGAAUGUAUAACCAACACUCCCAUUUACUUUUUAUUAGUAUGUAGAAGGUUUGUGUCUAAUUCAUGAAGGUAGUUUUACUCUAGUGUAUCAUUGUAAAUGGAGCAAAGUACAUACAUUAUUGUUAUAGCUAUUCUAAAAUGUACAUUAUGUAAGAAUUGUAAAUAUUAUACUUGAUUAAUUUGUAUGCUGAAAAAUUACAAUAAUAAGUCAAUAAAAGUCUUACCUCUGGCAGUUU